GCUACGCACCCGCUGUUCGCCAUUGUAUCGCGAUUGCUGUUAAGUUUCGUGUUUGUGAGUGAGAAUUCAUCCGGUUUAUCGAAUUCUGGAGUUCUUCUACGCAUUGGGGGGUCGCGACAGUUGGGAGUUCGACGUCUCUGGAGGGUGGCAGUGUAAAAGAAGAAGAAGCGGUUGCCCUCGAGAAUUCUGGCCCGAGGUUAUAGGCGCUAAUCGCGGCGUGUGUGCGUGAAAGGGGCAAGGGGUAGGUGAGGCGGUAGCGGUAAGCGUAAGGGAGAGAAGGUAACGCGCGCGGCAGGGUAGUCAAGUGUUCACGGUGGCUGUAGUCGACCAAUCGGCGUACGGUGUGCUGCCGGUUUUUUGAUUGGGCGAUACCAGGGAUAAGAGACCAGUUCGAGGCCGCUCGGACCCACAAACCAACGUCGAGACAUCGAGCAGACAGCAUCGUCCACAGUUCCAUAGAAGGCAGGGAGCUGCUUCGUCGGUCGUGUCGUCGAUGACUUCUUCUUCUCGUCAUCGACGUCGUCGUCCUUGUCGUCGCUCAACUUUGGAUUUGGAUUCUUUCUGUCAGGUCUCUGCCUGUGUCUCUUGUAAGGUGUGAGUUACAAGAAGGACGUGAGAGUGAAGCGUAGGCAGUUGCUCAACCAGGGUUUACUGCCGAUCCAUUCCGGAGGCAACUGCGGCGAACAUCGUUAUUGAAAUAAUGAAGAGAGAAGCUGAUGCGGGCACUAUGACAGGUUCAGGGGGACCGACAAGUCCUCACAAGCGUUACAGACAGGGUGACGAUGAGCUUCGUCUUCUGAUCCCCAGCAAGGUAGCCGGUUCGAUAAUCGGCAAAGGUGGCCAGAAUAUCACCAAACUGAGAAGUCAGUACAAAGCCUCAAUCAUUGUACCCGAUUGCCCCGGACCCGAACGGGUGCUUACUAUCAGCUCGGAUCUGCCCACCGUUCUUCAAGUAUUGAACGAGGUCGUACCUAAUCUCGAGGAGGUGAGUGUUGCUACCAGAAGAGGAUCACACGGGAAAAGAAAUGACUCAAUCAAUGGAUCCCGACACGGCAGCGACGAGAUCGACGUGCGCAUGUUGGUCCAUCAGAGCCAAGCUGGAUGCAUAAUCGGCAAGGGAGGGCUAAAGAUCAAGGAGCUUCGUGAGAAGACCGGAGCGAGGAUCAAGAUCUAUUCGCACUGCUGUCCUCACAGUACCGACCGGCUGAUCAGCAUUUGUGGCAAACCGAAUACCUGCAUCGAGUGUAUUCGCGAGCUAAUCGCCACCAUUAAAACCUCUCCGCUGAAAGGCGUGAACAAUCCUUACGAUCCGCACAACUUCGACGACUACUAUGCGGACGACUACGGUGGUUAUGGAACGGGUGAUGGUGGUCAAGGGAAAGGAGGCGGCUUCGGCGGUCCUGGAGGCCGCGGCGGCGGCGGUGGCGGCGGCGGUGGCGGUGGCGGUGGGAUGCCACCGCGUCGCGACAGCCGUGCUGGUGGGCCAGGCGACAUGAAUCGCGGCUUUCCGCCACCACCAAGAGGUGGACCACGCGGUGGAGGCAGCGGAGGCGGUGGAAUGUCCGGCGGGCCACCGGAUCGUGGCUACGGAGGUAAUUCUCGCGGAGGAGGCGGUGGAGGUGGCGGAUACGAAGGUGGGCGAGGUGGCUACGGAGGCAAUAGGGGUGGCCCGCCACCAUACGCUAGUGGAAAUUACAAUGGUGAUGGAUGGGGUAUGCAAGGAGGCGCGCCAAACGGUUUGGGUGGCGGCGCUAACUCGGGAAUGAGCGGCCCACCCAUGGGUGGCAACAAUCAAGGAAAUCAGGGCAACAUGGGUGGAAACAAGACCACCACUCAAGUCACCAUUCCUAAGGACCUCGCUGGGGCCAUUAUCGGCAAGGGAGGCGCCAGAAUUCGAAAAGUCAGAUCGGAUAGCGGCGCUGGAAUUACUAUAGACGAACCGUUAUCUGGCAGUAACGAUCGCAUUAUCACUAUAACCGGAUUACCCAGUCAGAUACAAAUGGCUCAGUACCUGCUUCAGCAGAGCGUGCACGAGAAUGCAGACCAUUAUUAGAACAUGGUGUAAAAGGAAGCAUUCGGGGGGAGCCAAAGAUGAGUUUAUAAUUUUUUUAGGGAUACUUCUUCGCGUGAAAAGUGAAGAUUAUAAUUACAGAACGAGAACUCUUGAAGCCUUUUUUCAUCGAAAGAAAAAGAAAAAAAAAGAAACAAAAUAA